AUGCCGUUACAGCUUAAAGUUAUAUUUGACCCACCUCUCUCUAAAUCUUUCGAAGUAGAGGAACCAAAACUUUUGGCUAUUGGUAGCGAUGUCAUGUCUGUUCCUGAUGAAGAAAUCGGAAAAGUACAAGCUUCUUUCCAAUUUUAUUCGGGCGGAGUAUCUGUCACUUCGUUCGGUCCUAUACCAAUGACAAAAGGUAAUGAUAGUAUACUAUAUCCAAAGGAAGUCGAGUUGGAAGACGGAGACAGAUUUUGUCUGGUCAAGGAAAAAUAUCCAUUCACAGUCAGAAUAGCGAACGUAUCAAAUACUGAACACAUGUCGGACGAUUCAGUUGAAAAUCUCGACGAAUCGUCAACCAAAGAGCUGUCAUGCGAUCUUCAAGAUCUUUAUCUUGGUGAUGAAGACGACGAUAGUGCGGUGGUUCAUAAUCGAAGUAUAUUUGAAGACGUGAAAUUUUGGGAUCGUAUAAUAGAAGCUCAGAGGACAGGAAGGCUACACGGUCGUAAUGAUGUAACCGCAAUGGUCGAGUCUGAAGAGGACGAGUUAGAUGAUGAUGGGACCAUCUCAGCCGAGAGCAGCUAUCUUGGUAGCUAUGCUUCGUUUGAUUCCGAUGAUGAUGGUUCAGAUACAAGGGAAAGGAAACGCUGGAAAGGAGACCGCCCUACUGUAGCCGCUGUAGCUUUGACCGGGCCCAUGACCUCGCGUGGUGUACGGGAAUCCGGAACUAAUCAGUGGGAAUCGCUGCGAUCUUCUGUAAACACGAAUAUAUCAUUUGAAACCAUGGCAGAUCGUGAAUGA